UUAUAAUGCAUGGCAGCAGGAUAUGCUGAUGUGUGUCACAAUCUGCUGUGCAUAUUGAACACACAAGACCCGCAGAGCGAUAAUUGGCUGCUGGGGGACAAAAGCGGUUUCACCUGCCAGGUAGAGGAGAGGCAGUCAGAGAGAGAGAGAGAGGGGCAGGGAGAAAAGAAGCGGGGCGAGAAAAGUCGACUUACCUGUAGCCCAACUUCUGGCAGCUCACUCACUCUAUUACCUGCUCCGACUUGAAAGUCCAGUUUCACAAGGAAGAAUCGUAGAGGAAGCAAAAUAUGUCACAGGAGACAGACAAUAAGCGUCUGGUGGUGGUGGUCCCCAACGAGAGCUCAUUCCCUGCAGUGCGGCGCGCCUACACCAGCGAGGACGAGGCAUGGAGAUCGUACCUGGAGAACCCGCUGACAGCCGCCACCAAGGCCAUGAUGAGCAUCAACGGGGACGAGGACAGCGCCAACGCCCUGGGCCUGCUCUACGACUACUACAAGGUGCCCAAAGAAAAGAGGCUUCUGCCAGUUCCCAAAGUCGCUGAAAUGAUAGAGGAGCAGGAGAAGAGGUCUACGUUGCCGAGCAACCCCAGCAACCAAAGCGAGGUGGAGACAGUGGACAACCGUGUUCAGGUCCUUAAAUCUGUUCCCGUCAACCUGUCACUAAACACGGAGCACCAGGAGAACAAACGGGAGCAGUUUAGCAGCUCGACUGGGGCGGCGUCAGGGGAUGGAGGCUCGCCAGCUGUCGCUGUGGUGAAGGCCGAGAUGUACGCACCCGUCUUCAUGACGGGAGCAGGGCUUCACUACAGGGUGGAAGGAGAAGAGUCAGGGAGGGUGAUCUACGAACAGAAUCAAUAUGAGGUGACCACCGUUAGUCACAGCUCAUAUGUGAAAGAAGAUCAACAGAGUCCGCCUGACAGCCCGUAUGAAGAGGCGAGAGAUGGGAAAUACCACACACCUUCCUCUCUGGCUACAGAUGACUUCUUAUUUCACCAAGAGGGAGUUGACAGCUUCCAGUACACGCUGGACGCCACUCGCUCACUGCGUCAGAAACAGGGUGAAGGACCAAUGACCUACCUGAACAAAGGCCAGUUCUAUGCUGUGACGCUCAACGAGCUCAGUGCCAACAAACGCCUCCGUCACCCCAUCAGCAAAGUCCGGAGUGUGAUCAUGGUCGUGUUCAGUGAAGACAAGAACCGGGACGAGCAGCUUAAAUACUGGAAGUACUGGCACUCUCGGCAGCACACAGCCAAGCAGAGAGUCUUAGACAUCGCUGAUUACAAGGAGAGCUUCAACACAAUCGGCAACAUCGAAGAAAUCGCCUACAACGCCAUCUCCUUCACCUGGGAUGUGAAUGAAGAGGCCAAGAUCUUCAUCACAGUCAACUGUCUGAGUACAGACUUCUCCUCACAGAAGGGGGUCAAGGGUCUUCCUCUGAUGAUCCAGAUCGACACGUACAGCUACAACAACCGCAGCAACAAGCCGUUGCACAGAGCCUACUCACAGAUCAAGGUCUUCUGUGACAAGGGAGCGGAGAGGAAAAUAAGGGACGAAGAGAGAAAACUGUUCCGCAAGAAGUCAAAAGGGAAAGAUGGAGGUGUUGGCGUGAUAAGUGUUCCCAAGAAGUCUGACACCACGUAUUUCAAGACCAUGACGGACCUGGAGGCUCAGCCCGUACUCUUUAUCCCAGACGUUCACUUCGGCAACCUGCAGAGAGCCGGACAGGUGUUUACCUUCAACACAGAGGAGAUCGAGAGAGAAGGGAGUGUGCUGGUGAAGAGGAUGUUCAGGCCGUCAGAUGAAGAACUGUGUCCGUCCCCUCAAAAACAGAUCAAAGAGGAGACACACAAGAGAGUGCUUUUGUACGUAAGGAAGGAGACGGACGAGGUGUUUGACGCUCUGAUGCUGAAGUCUCCCACGCUGAGAGGCCUGACAGACGCCAUAUCAGAGAAGUACGGCGUGCCCCCCGAGAGGAUAGCCAAAGUGUACAAGAAAAGUAAAAAAGGGAUCCUGGUGAACAUGGACGAUAACAUCAUCGAGCAUUACUCCAAUGAAGACACCUUCAUCCUCAACAUCGAGAACUACGCAGACGCCUACAAGAUCACGCUGACAGAGAUCUGACAGCUUGCCAGCCUACCCGAAGGGGCUGAGAUGCAAAAAGGGACACUGUGACUGCUGGUUAGCUGAAAUCUACGAGGCUGCUAUAGAUUGGCUGAUAAGCUGACUGACAGUAUUGGAGACAGUCAAUUGGCAGCGUCGCUCCGACGCUCUGAAGUCAACGUCGACAACACCCGGUCCCUCUCUGACACUGUUACACUAUGAAGCGAGGCGUAUGUUUCUGUGCAGGAGGAGGACGCGAAUAAAAAAAGGGACAUUGUAGAAAUUCUUAUGAACUGGUUAUAUUUUACUUCCUCGGCAUACUCAUCCUCUAAAUUGUGAGUAUGAGAUCCGUGUCCUCCACAGUUUUUAUUGUAUAAAAGAAUUUGUACUUAUUCUCAUUCUGUACAGUCUUGUGUUUUUGCCAAAUAACACAUCAGGAGUAGCCUCAUGAAAUGCCUGAUGUAUUGUAUGUAGCCGCAGCUUGAAUUAGUUGGUCCUAACUCCUAAGUAACUUAGCAGCUUUUUUGCAUGCCAUUGUUUUUUUGUUAGUUGUGUUAUUAUUUAUUAAUGCUUUUAAUGACCAUGUUUUGCAUUUCUUUAGCAAUUUAUCCAAGGAUUUCAAGUACUUUACAUUCCAGUGACUUUUUUUAUAGUCACCCUCUUCAAGAGUACUCAAGGAGUUUUUUCAAUGUCUUUAUCUCUAUUUUUUGGCCAUGUACUAUUCACGUGUCAACAAAUAGCCUAAAUAUUUGUUAGUAGGACCUCGCAUGAGAUGUAGACGAUUUAAAGAGGGCUGUAAACAACUUUUGAGGGGUGACAAAUGGCACUUGGUUGUUGUGUAGAUCUCAUGUGCUUGGCUGUAUUGGAAAAAAAUGAAUAAAGACA